CUCAAAACCCUUGCCCUGCGGUCCCUUUGAUUCCUUCAUUGUCAGCCCUCCCGCGGCUGGCUUGCCCUGUCACUUUCGGGAUCGUUUCAAACCCAGCCCUGAAUGUACUCAUGCUCUCAAAAUUUUCCAAGAAUGUCGACCGAUCUCAUCUUCUCAGACAUCCACUCCCUGAACAGGAUCCAAGCCCUGGACAUUCUUGCCCAGAUCGCACGUGUCGAGAAAAAGAGUUUCCCUGCCAAUGAGGGCAUGACCUUUGGAGAGGAGCUUUGGCGCAAGAAGCCCAACACGAGGGUCCUGUAUGCCCACCUCCCAGGCGCAAAUCCCCCGCUGGUUCUGGCUUAUGCGGUCUACGUCCGCCAGAAAGGCAUUGCCCUGCUCCAUAAAGUCUGUGUAGCCGAGACUUAUCGCCGUCGGGGCGUAGGGUUCCAGCUAAUGGGCUACGUUCGCACUCGUCUGCAACGGGAGGGUUGUCAGUAUAUCCAGUUAUGGGUGGACAAGGACAGAGCCCCAGCUAGAGCUUUGUACGCCCGCAGUGGUUAUGCGGAGCGCGAGGAAAUCCCAGAUUACUAUGGACCAGGCCGGACUGGCAUUAGAAUGGUCCUGGAUUUGUAGUCAAGUCAAAUAGCCCUUGAGACCUUGGCUUGUUGCUGCUACCCCUGUCACUCCUGCGGCAUCGUUUGUACAUGAGUAGGUCCCCUGGAUAGGGUUGUUUACUCACGACGAGACCAAAAGGCACAAGCGCCAAUUGAUUCCUUCAGGCCAUCUGUCAAAGAUUUGCAAUUCUCCGAGUCAGGGUGUUGACGGUUCAGGCGGUGGUUGGAGGGUGGCUCGCUCCUUGGCUUCCCGACGACGCCAUCCCUUGCAGAGGGAGCGAGGCCUACAUUUCACAGAGUGAGAAUUAUCGCGCCGCGAACCAUCAAUCUCUGUCCAUUCCCAUACCCAAGUGACGUCAAGCAUAUCCAGGCAUGGCUCUUUUCGAAGGGGAUGCAAGCUUCGCGCCUCUCCUGUGCCCGUUGGGCCCUUGGGCGCGGAUGCCAUGAUGGAAAAAACUAGAGUCUCUGCCCUAAGGGCAGAGCAAUUCCUCGUUUCUCACUUUCAACCCUCAACUCUCG